AUGUAUAUGUUUGACCAGGUGGUGAUCGAGGAUUGGCCCGCGGUUGACGGCGCCAGUUUUAAAAAGACGCGCCACCCAGAUGCCGGCGCCUCUCGUUUUGUCCUGGCCACUUUGUCCGUGUCCGUUCGUUCUACUCAUGAAUUUGGUCAGAUUCAAGCCUGCAGUGACACAGAUGAGGAUGCAGAUGAAUUGGCAUACAUAUAUGACAAUGAGGGGGUAGUGUAUGUAGACUUCAAGAGCAAGAGGGAUAUCAACACUUUGCCUGAUUUUGUGGAUCAAGUUGAGUUUCCAAGUCUUUAUAAUUUUGCUGUAAAAUCAGUGACUAUUUGUAAAAACACAGAAAAACUGCUCAACCAGGUCUAUAAGGAUCUACCAGAGGCACUGGAACCUCCCCAAAGUUCUAUCUACCCCAAAAAUGAUGUGAGACUGGGUGUGGAAAACACCCUCAUCUGCCAUGUGACUGGAUUCUUCCCCCCUCCGGUCAGGGUGAUCUGGAAAAGGAAUGAGAAGAAUGUGACAGACAGAGUCACGCUUAGCCGCUAUUUUCCAAACAGUGAUGGCACCAUGAAUAUGUUCUCUACUCUCAAGAUCUCUCCCAUGGAGGGAGACAUAUACAGCUGUACUGUGAAGCAUAAGGCUCUUCAGCAACCUCAAACCAGAGUGUGGGAUAUUGAAGGAAGUGAGCAGCUCAGUGUCAGUCCAACUGUACUCUGUGCAGUGGGUUUGACUGUUGGGCUGCUGGGAGUUUUUACUGGAACAUUCUUCCUCGUCAAAGGAAACAACAGCUAA